UAGCAUUCGUCAUCAACGGGCGCCGGCGUACGCUUUCUGGGAAGGGUUUCCCGGCUGCACAGGGGUCGCGAGUGGUUUCCAGGCGGCUGGCGCGGCUCGGUGUCGCCAUGGAGAGCGGAUCGCGGCCGUCGCUGGGCCAGUUCAUCCUGCUGGGUACCAGCUCGAUUGUCACCGCCGUGCUGUACUCCAUAUAUCGGCAGAAGGCCCAGGUCUCCCAGGAGCUCAAGGGAGCUAAGAAGAUCCACUUGGGUGAAGAUUUAAAGGGCAUUCUUUCAGAAGCACCAGGAAAGUGUGUGCCUUACGCUGUCAUUGAAGGAGCUGUGCGGUCCGUUAAAGAAACACUCAACAGCCAGUUUGUGGAAAACUGCAGGGGGGUGAUCCAGCGGCUGACGCUUCAGGAGCACAAGAUGGUGUGGAAUCGAACAACCCACCUUUGGAAUGACUAUUCUAAGAUCAUUCACCAGAGGACUAACACUGUGCCCUUUGACCUUGUGCCCCACGAGGAUGGUGUAGCUGUGGCCGUGCGGGUGCUGAAGCCCCUGGACUCGGUGGAUCUGGGCCUAGAGACCGUGUACGAGAAGUUUCACCCCUCUGUGCAGUCAUUCACUGAUGCCAUCGGCCACUACAUCAGUGGUGAGCGGCCCAAAGGCAUCCAGGAGACAGAGGAGAUGCUGAAGGUGGGGGCCACCCUCACCGGGGUUGGUGAACUGGUCCUGGACAACAACUCUGUCCGCCUGCAGCCCCCCAAGCAAGGCAUGCAGUACUAUUUGAGCAGCCAGGACUUCGACAGCCUGCUGCACAGGCAGGAGUCCAGUGUCCGGCUCUGGAAGAUUCUGGUCCUGGUGUUCGGCUUUGCCACCUGUGCCACCCUCUUCUUCAUCCUGCGGAGGCAGUACCUGCAGCGGCUGGUAGCGCCUGCUGAGCAGCAGCUCCAGGAAGAGUUCCGGGAGCACGAGGCCCACCUGCUGAGCCAAGCCUCGCCUGAGGACAGGGAGAGCCUGAAGAGCGCCUGCGUGGUGUGCCUGAGCAGUUUCAAGUCCUGUGUCUUCCUAGAAUGCGGGCAUGUCUGUUCCUGUCGCCAGUGUUACCUUGCCUUGCCAGAGCCCAAGCGGUGUCCAAUCUGUCGUCGGGAGAUCACCAGGGUGAUUCCCCUGUAUAACAGCUAGGGGUCUUGUAGUCACACGCAAGUACCCGCCCCUUGUCAGGGUUUAUCUUGAGGCCUUUGGUGGGGUGGCUGUACCUUAAGGUGACAUGGCAAGCCUCACAUCUCAUGGCUGGGUGUUGCUUUUCAACGGGACAGGUCCCUUUCCAGUUCCAAGCACCUGGUGGGGGCUGUGGUGAGGUCCCCCUUCUCAGGAGCCAGAUCUAUGUGUGCAACUGAAUAAGACCAGCUCAUUGUCUAAGCAGCAAGGCCAGUGGUCUGCACUUUUGCUCCCUGGGGUGCUGACUCCUUAGCUUGGGAGGAAGGCCAAGCCCUGAGGGCCUUGCAGUGUGGCCUCUUGGGAAACUGCCUAGACUCCUCUUCUUGCUUCUGCCCACAGAAAGGAAUUUCUUAAAGCUCGUCAGGCAGGGAAGGUCGCUUGUGUCUCUCUUUCACUUGCUUACAGGGUAAUGUUUGCACAUGUGUGGAGAAAACGGCAGGAAGUGAGAAGCCCAUGUGUGUGGGACACAGGUCAGCAGGACAACAGACAUUUCUAGGUGUUUCCAGGGGGUUGGCAGGCAGCCUGGGUGCCUUCCUUUGGUGCAGGGAGAGCACCAGGGUUGUGGGGUGUGGCUGCUGCCUGGCUUUCCCAGACAGCUCUGGUUUCCUAUGAAAAGGCCUUACGGGAAGGAAGUGACAGUCACUGCUGUCUUUGCCUCUGACCUUUGUAGUUUCUCUGCUUGCUUUUGCCAAAGAAGGUAGCUGGUAGGCAUGCUCACAGAGAGCCUCACUGUCCCUGACAGCAGCCCCAGCAGCCCUGCCCCCCCAGGGUCAUGAGUGCCAGAGAAAUUAGAGACUGCCCUUCAUCAGUCAGAAGUGGUCAGGAGUCACUCGCAGGGCUCCUCUUCCUGAACAUCACCUGUGCUCCUUCAUGAGGGGGAGAAGGGCUUCUUCCAGGCGCUGACACUGGGACGUGCGCCAUCUGUCUGAGUGAGCAGCACAAAUUAAACAGACUACGAGA